GGAUGCGCGCACAGGGUAGUUGUCUCACUUCCUCACAGCACUCUUUGGACUGUUAAAUUCGUCUGCCUCUCUCGCUGUAGUCUCUACCAACGACCGUCUUCCCACUGUGGCUGACUUUCAGUCGUCUUCUCCCAACAGGCUUUCAUCCUGUGGCUAUUAUUGAUGGAUCUGGCUUUAGUUUGGUGCGCGACAUGAGUACAAAAGUUCGUAUUUCAGGCUUCUCUGGCUGACGUGAGUCAACGUAAGGCUAGCUUAUGCUAACGUCGCUAGCAUGUGGUAACGUAAGCCGGCGAAGUAAAGUAGCGUUAACCGUCCGACGUAAGCUACCGACUUUCCUCCUAUGGACUGUUUUUGUUUGUUUUUCCUCACAGCCGUCUACUUUCCGUUUGGUGACGCUAAAUACCGGUGCCAACUGACCUGGUGUGUGAGCUAAAACGCUAACAGUAGCAUUAGCACUCCUGGUUGAGUCUUUUCUGAUUUGAUUUCAAACGGCCAGCUUGUCUCACCUGCUGCCAAAAUGAUGGACUUUGAUAAUAUAUUGGAUAUCGCCACGCAAAAUCGGGCCCCUGGCAAUUCACAGAAGAGAUACAGUUUACAAGCUGCGCCUCCCAAAAAGGACCCAAGGUCAAAAGGUGUGAGUCUUUCAGCCGUGCAGGCGCUUCUGAAGAAACAAAGCUGUGACAGCAAAAAGAAAGAAAUCAAUAUGAAGAAACAGAAGGAGGACCUACUGGCAAAGAGGGUUGAGUUGAAGUCGGACCGAAAAGCGCGAGCCAUGGCGUCCAGAACUAAGGACAAUUUCAGAGGCUACAAUGGCAUUCCAGUGGUAGAGCUUCCUAAGAAGAGACGAUCCAAACUAGAGAUGCAGCAGGACAGGUCGAUGAACGAGGAAAGCUUCAGGAAUAACUCGAUUGACCCAGAAGACGAUGAGGAUAAUUAUGAGUAUGAACAGUCAGAUUCAGAAUCGGAGAAGGAGCCAGAGCUGCGGAGACCUGGCAAAACCACAGGUUUUCGUGGAAAUGGUGGUGGGGGUGGUAGCAGCAGCAGUAGCAGCAGCAAGCCCUCCUCUAAAAAAUCCAAUGGGCCACCCAAGCCCGCUCCACCUCCCAUGAACUUUGCAGAGUUACUCAAAUUGGCAGAGAAGAAGCAGUUUGAGCCAGUUGAGGUAAAACCCAAGGUAGGGAAAAAAGACGACAGGCUCCGAACAGCUGACGAGAUAAAGGAACUGGAGCUAGAGCGCAGGGCUAAGAGGCCGAACAAGGACUCUAAGGCAGAAAGAGAUGGCAAGUCUCAGCCUAGCUCUAGUUCAAUGAGAAAAAGCACGUUUGAGAAGGAGCAGAAGAGCUACAAACCACAGAAAACCUCCUCGGAGAAGCAAAGUGUUCCCAGUGGGUCAGGAAAGAGGUUGCAUCCAACACUGACAAGUGAUAAAGGCCAGACUUCUUCUAAGCCCUCCUUGGGUGACCGAGAAAGAGAGCGACCCAAGAUGUCUCACAGCGAUCGAGACAGAUCUAAGACAAAUGUAUCAAGUUCAUCUGGUGCCAUAAAUGGUAAAAGUACUUUGAAAGCCACAUCUUCUCAGGUUUCAGCCAAACAAGGGGGGCUCAAGCCCUCAUCUAGCCACAAAUCCAGCACCUCAAGUGACCUUAUCCUCAAAAAAGAAAGCUCGUCAAGAGCCUCGGGUAUUCCUGGGACCAGGGCUCCUGGUACAGUUGCAACAGGCCAAAGAUCUCAACAUGGGAGCUCUCAACAGACCAGGCCCAGUCAGGGCAGCUCAUUGAAGCAGGGACCUAUAGUUGGGGGCCACAAGUCUGGAAAGGCGGAACCACUAAGGCCUGGAUUUAACUCCGCUGGAAAAUCAAGCGGUAAUUCUGCGAUGAGACCUUCAUCGGGCGGUCCUCAUAAGGCUGGGAGCCAACCUCAGUCAAGGCCGGAAGGCACAUUCCAGGCAAGAGCUGGUGGUGUCCCACAGGCAAGGCCUGGUGGGAGUGGCCUACAGGGUCACCCUAGAGGUGGUGGCUCUCGACCUCUGGGGAGUGGACCUGGUCGUGGAGGAUCAGUACCUGGGCGACUGGCUGAUGGCAUCGGAUCAGGAUCUGGAAGAUCCAAGUGCACAGUGGUGUCUGAGACCAUUUCAUCCAAGAAUUUUGGUGGACCCAGGCCAGGAGUCCCACCUCGACCAGGCAUGCAACAGAGACCAGGCAUGCAACAGAGACCAGGCAUGCAACAGAGACCAGGCAUGCAACAGAGACCAGGCAUGCAACAGAGACCAGGCAUGCAACAGGGACCAGGCAUGCAACAGAGACCUAUGAUGAACAGACCACCAGGCACAAUGUUACCACCCAUCACCUCUGCAUACAAGAGGAAAUACGAGGAAGAGGAAGAUGAGUGUGACUCUGAAAUGGAGGAUUUUAUCGAUGAUAAGGAUGACGGGCAAGACGACAUUUCCAGGCACAUUAAAGAAAUCUUUGGUUAUGAUCGAAACAAGUACAGGGACGAGAGCGACUAUGCACUUAAAUUCAUGGAGAGCAGUUGGAGAGAUAUGCAGAAAGAGGAGGCCAGGAGCCUGAGAAUGGCUGUGCAGGAAGAUCUGGACGAAGAGAAAAGAGAUCAAGAGGACCUGAACGUGCAAAAGGCCAAGAGGAAAAAAAAGAACUGAAGCUCCUUUUGUCGUUGAGAGAAAUAAAAAAACAAUCCUGUCUCCUGAAAGCUGGGACAGACGGACUGCCGUGAAGCUCAGUGACGGUGUCCACCUUGACCGCUGUUGCUUUCUCAAUAUGAUCGGACUAAAACUGAGUGGCACAUGGCACAUGGCACAUGGUAUUGGCUCCAGAGGGAAAGAAAAUAAUGUUAGUCAAAGACAACCUGAACAAGUCAAAGACAAAAUAUGUACGAAUCAUUCAGGCAAAUCAUUCUGUGACAAAAAAAAUCAAACAAUUUCGCUGUUAUACUAUUUAUUUUCCCCACUGUGCAGUGAUCUGAAUUUCUUAAAAAGACCUGAGAACUAUAAAUAUGGAAUUGUCUUUCUUUUUUUUUUUUUUUUUAAACUAUCAAUGACACUUAAGUUAUGAUAACAUGCUAUUUUUCAGCAGAAUCUGUCGCAUAUUUUUCUAAACAAACUUUGAUAAGUCAAUUGAAUAUGCAGAACAUUGUGUUGUGUUUAAAGGGAGCUGAGGAAAAAGAA